AACAAGGAGAUACUAAGUUUCCAUUUUUUUUUGUUCUUUCUUAUUCGUCUCUCCUUUCUUUUGCUAAGCCACGACUUAAUUCCUUUUUCUUCUGUUUGUGCAAGGCAAACUCUGAGAAAAGAUAGAGAAGACGCCAAUGGAGGAUUACUCAGAAGAAGAGGCUGAAGAAUACAACACGUCUGAGGUAGAUUGGGGAGAAGAAGCUGACCAGGAUUGUUGGGACGAUGGAGAUGACCACACUGAAGGUCAUUGGUGUGCAGACUCUGUUCCAGAGUAUGUCCCAAACGAUGAACAAGAAUACCCAGAGGUGGAACCAGAAUCAAUGGACCAGUAUUCAACUUGCUAUGGUCCCAAAUCCCAACUCAUCUAUGAGGAUAGUUCUGAAGGGAAAUAUUAUUCUCAAGCGUGUCCUAGAAGAGAAAAGACCACCGUGGCUGCACCAUCAAGAUCUUAUCAUGGGAGUCUAUCAAGACAUGCUCACAGCACGCCAUGGAACUACAAUGGAGAUCAGUUUUAUCAGAAUCGCUUGGCUGCACCAUCUAUACAUUUUUCUGGUCAUAAGCAAGGACCAAUUGCAUAUCUAAGGUGGGAGGACGACAUGGAGCAAUGGUUUAUAGCUUGGAGAAUUCCAGAGAAGCUAAAGCUAACUUAUGCGAAGGAUACCUUAACCGGAGAGGCAUACAAUUGGUGGAGUCAGCUAGAUGCUGAUAGGAUCUAUUUCAAUGGUCCGGCUUUUACUUGGAAAGAGGUUAAGAUGCUCAUGUAUAGUGAGUUUGUGAAGAAGGCAAAAUACAUUCAGAAGGUGUCCACAAGGAGAUUAAUAAAGCACCAAGUCUUGCAACCCACAGUUCAGAGAGAAGUUGUUUCCCAAAGACAAAGUUCAAGGCCAGUGCAUCCACCUCAAGUCAAACGAAACCAAGGUGAGCACUCUAACUCUUUAAAACCAUCUGAGGUUAUUUGUUAUAGGUGUCAAGGCAAGGGCCAUCUAGCAAAGGAGUGUCCCACAAAACGAGUUGUGAAGUCAGUAGUAUCUGAAGCAAAAGAAACAAACUUGGAGGUAAGUGAUUCCGAUACUAGAAUUGAUGAUUCCUUUUCUAGAAUGGAUAAACAUAUUGAUGAUCUUAUCAACUUGAUUAAAGCUAGAUCUACUUCUGUUUCUAGUAAUUCCAUGACUGUCUUAACACACUUGUCUAGCGCCCAAAAGGUUGAAAGUAUUUCAGGUACUAACAUAGAAAUCAAGGAACAAGAGCCCAACCUUGCUGCGCAAUCAAGUCCAACACUUGAUAAGGUGAUUUCUGAACUUAAAGUGAAUAAUCUUACUUAUCAAAACACUGGUAUGAUGCACUUGCACUCUGUCCAGAAUGUUGAUGAAGGUCUAGGUAAUGAGGAGACACGUACAGAAGCUAAACAACAAGAGAAUAAUGAGCAAUCUACCCUAGAGACCUCUACACCAGCUGAUCAAGCUUUAGAGGUAGUAAAUACCAAAGCUGAAUCAAUGCAAGAUAACCAGGUACAAUGGAGAAGCAUCCAGAACCAAACUCACAACCUUACACCCAAGCAGUGGUCAAUGGAGAAACCAAUUGUGAAAUAGGAGAUUUCGAAAAGGAGACCACGAUCCUUCCAAGGGAAAUCAUAGACCGACCAUGGAAAGGGGGCAUAGCUUCCCUACUGAUCAAAGAAGAACCACCAGAUGGACAAUGCAUCACAAAACCGUGCAUAUACCAAGGUAAGACCCUAGCCUCCCAAAUUAGAAUGAAACCUAACUUGCUCUAUCUUGGUGCAGGUAAAUUGGUUUUGAGGACAAAACCUUUUGAAGAGGGAGGGAAUGAUGAGG